AUGGUGGAGCUUGAGAGAGCAGCUAUCAAGGCCCCUCCGACGGAGAAGUUAGGCAAUCUCUCUUUGUUCUCAAACCCAGUUUUUGUUCCUAGGGUUUCUGAGGGUGGCCCGAGCUCUAACUCGGUGGCAUCACCGAUGAAAGGUAGUGGUGGAGGUGUGAAGCCGGUGACAGGAUUUGUGGCUUUGGUUCAUCAUCAAGGCCAUUUGAUUGUAUCCCCAAAGAAGAAGAAGAAGUUAGGUCGCCCUUAUGGCAGCAAGAACAAACCUAGAACAGAGACCGCUCUUGUGGUCAAGAAAUGGAAGAGUCACAAGAAAGUUUCCUCCUCCGAGAAGACUACUGCUAAAGGGCUUGUUUUUGUAGGUUCGGUGAAUCCUUUGGUCACCGAGAAGAAUCUGGAAGGGGAGACAGGAGGCAACCCAAUUGUAGGGAUGCAAGAGGUUUCUAGUGUACUCGGUUGUUUCUCUCUUAUGCUCUUUGUUCAUGCCCAGGAUCAAUCAGGUUACAUUAGCAUAGAUUGUGGGGGAACGCACAUAUCUAGCUAUAACGAGGAGACAACUGGCCUCACCUUCAUUUCAGACAAAGAUUUCAUUGACACGGGUGAAUCAAAAAUGGUGUCGCCUGAAUACAGAGGCAUUUGGCAGCAACCGUACGACUCUCUAAGGAGCUUUCCCAAAGGAACUAGGAACUGCUACAGACUGAACCUUACAAGUAAUUCCAAAUAUCUGGUUCGAGCAACUUUCUAUUAUGGGAAUUAUGAUGGCCAAAAUAAGUUACCGGAGUUCGAAUUACAUCUCGGACCUAAUUUGUGGCAAUCAGUGACGUUCCAGGAUGCAUCAAGUUAUAUCAACAAUGAGCUCAUACAUAUCCCGCUCCGAGACCAUGUACAUGUUUGUCUUGUGAACACAGGCUCCGGGGUUCCCUUCAUAUCAACGAUAGAGAUACGGCUGUUUCCUAAUUCCACCUUUGAAGAAGAACUCGUGGACGAACAAUCCUUGGCACUUGUCUCCAGGUUUGACACCGGUCAAAUAGCACCUCGUACAGCAUACAGGUAUCCUUCUGAUGAACUCGAUCGCAUCUGGUAUUCCUACAAUGAUUGGGCUGAUUGGACACAGUUAACCGCCUCAUCCAACGUCGACACAUCAGGCGAUUAUUACGAAAUACCUUCUGUUGUUAUGAACACUGCUGCCACGCCAAGAAAGGAAACUGAUUCCUUUAUUAAUAUCUGGCUGCCUGAGUCUGAUGAUGAUACGACCCUGUACUAUAUUUACUUGCACUUUGCUGAAGUUGAAAAGCUCCAGCCAAACCAGUCUAGAUGGUUCAAUAUCACCUCUAGUGGAGGAAACUUUGCGUCAUAUUCUCCUGAGUAUGGUAAGAAUGCUAUUUAUUUCAACUCCAAGCCUCUCACACGAAACAAAAUAAAUGUUUCAGUUGUUCUGAUGGAAAACUCGACCCUUCCACCAAUCCUGAAUGCCUUUGAGGUUUAUAUGAUAACAAAACUGGCAGGCUCAGAAACAAAUGAAAAGGAUUUGAACACAAUCACAAACAUCAGGAAUACUUAUAGAAUUGGGAAGAAUUGGCAAGGAGAUCCAUGUGCUCCUCAAAAGUACUCGUGGGAAGGUCUAAACUGCACCUAUCCUGAAAAUAACGAGCCCUCAAGAAUAAUAUCAUUGGACUUGUCCUCGAGUGGAUUGACAGAGGAGAUAACUCCGUGGAUAUCAGACCUUGCAAUGUUACAGACAUUGAAUUUGUCGAACAACAACUUAACUGGUUCGCUUCCAAGAUUUUUAUCUCAGCUGCAAAAUUUACGUGUCCUGGAUCUAUCAAACAAUAACUUCACAGGAUCAAUUCCAAACAUUUUGUCUCAAUUGCCAAACUUAAAUGUCCUAUACUUGGAGGACAACAUGCUCACAGGAUCAGUUCCAGAAGGCUUGAUGUUGAAAAAAAGUAGCGGUUUUCUAUCAUUACGGGUGUGCAACAACCCCAAUCUCUCUGGAGCUUUUUCUUGCGAGGAGGAAGAUGAGAAAAAGAAGAAGCCCAAUUUUUUCCUUCUUGUAGGUUUACCAGUAAUCGGAGUAGCUUCGAUUAUUUUCCUAAUUGUAGCAGCUAUUUGCGCCUGCAAAAGGAAAAGCAAAGAUGGAGCUGCCGUAGGGGAACAACCCCGCAAUGGGUUAGUGGAACUUGAGCCAACACGACGACAGUUCACAUACUCAGAUAUCCUCAAGAUCACUAACAAUAGACAAAGGAUUCUCGGCAAAGGUGGAUUUGGAACUGUUUAUCAUGGCUACAUCGAUGACAAUACUCAAGUAGCUGUCAAGCUGCUUUCGUCAUCAUCAAGUCGAGGGCUUGAACAAUUCCACGCAGAGGUUAAUCUUCUGAUGAGGGUUCAUCAUACAAACUUGACUAGCCUUGUAGGAUAUUGUGAUGAUGAAGACAACAAAGGACUCGUUUAUGAGUACAUGGCCAGGGGAAACUUGCAAGAAUAUCUUUCAGAUAAAAGUUCAAAUGUCCUGACUUGGGAAGGUAGACUUUAUAUAGCAACAGAUACUGCACAAGGAUUGGAGUAUCUACACUAUGGUUGUAAACCUCCUAUGAUCCAUAGGGAUGUCAAGACAACAAACAUCUUGAUAUCAGAAAAUUUCCAAGCCAAACUCUCCGAUUUCGGCCUCUCUAGAAAUUUCCCUGCAGGCGAUGGGACUCAUAUAGUUACAGGUGUUGCUGGCACCCCUGGCUACCUAGCACCCGAGUACAAACAACUAAACAGAUUCAACGAGAAGAGUGAUGUCUAUAGCUUUGGGAUUGUACUGCUGGAGAUUAUCACAGGUCAACCUGCUGUUUCGAGGACACGAGAGAGAAUUGCCAUCAAUGAAUGGGUUGGAUCGAUCAUUCCAAAAGGAGACAUUGACACUAUUGUGGAUCCAAGGUUGAAAGGAAUCUUCAAUGUUAGCUCUGCGUGGAAAGUAGUGGAAAUAGCAAUGGCAUGUGUCUCUCCAGAGGCCAAUAAAAGGCCAACCAUGAGUAAAGUUGUUGGAGAACUGAAGCAGUGUCUGGAAACACAACUGUCUCAAAGAAACCAGAGCAGCUAUGGAUCUGAACUUGGGAAUGCCUUUGACAUUGUGUCUGAGAAUGGCUAUUCGAUCACUAUGCUACGUCCCUCAGUUAGAUAGCCGUGGUAAUAAUCAUAUGUAAAAUAAUGGGAAUUGGAAUGCAUGAGAAGAUUCUUCAACCCUGCAGGUUAGCACUUGCUAAGAUCCUUCAAUCUCUCUGUGUAAUAUUUUUUUUUUCUUUUUGAUACAAAAAUAUUUAGUGUAACAUUGAUUCUGUGUAGAUAACAUCUUUUUGUGCAUAUGUAAGAACUUUGAUC